AGGGGCCCCGCCGGUCAUCGCCAUGAAUAGAGACCCGGGCGCCGCCCGCUAAAAAUACCCGGCCGCGGCCCCAUAAAAGCGCGGCCGGGCGGCGGCGGGCUCGUCUGCGCCCCGGCCCCGGCCCCGCGCGCCUCACGUCCUCGUCCGAUCCGUCCGUCCGGCCCCGCGCCUCGUCCCGCACCGCCGCCGCCCGCACCAUGGCCGAGCGCCGCGUGCCCUUCUCCCUGCUGCGCAGCCCCAGCUGGGACCCGUUCCGGGACUGGUACCCCGCGUCCAGCCGCCUCUUCGACCAGGCCUUCGGGUCGCCGCGGCUGCCCGAGGAGUGGGCGCAGUGGCUGGGCACCUGGCCGGGCUACGUGCGCCCGCUGCCCGCCGCCGAGGGCCCCGCGGCCGCCGCGCUGUCCGCCGCCGCCCCGGGCCGCGCGCUCGCCCCGCGGCUGGGCAGCGGCGUCUCCGAGCUGCGGCUCACGGCCGACCGCUGGCGCGUGGCGCUGGACGUCGGCCACUUCGCGCCCGAGGAGCUGACGGUGAAGACCAAGGACGGCCUGGUGGAGAUCACGGGCAAGCACGAGGAGAGACAGGACGAGCACGGCUACAUCUCCCGGUGCUUCACCCGCAAAUACACGCUGCCCCCGGGUGUGGAUCCCACGCUGGUGUCCUCCUCCCUGUCCCCCGAGGGGACGCUCACCGUAGAAGCCCCGCUGCCCAAGCCGGCCACGCAAUCGGCGGAGAUCACCAUCCCGGUCACCUUCGAGGCCCGCGCCCAGCUGGGGGGUCCGGAGGCUGGGAAACCCCAACAAUCUGCAGCCAACUAGAGCAGUGGGGUCCUGCUACCCCGAAGGCGGCCCGCGCUCUCCCUGCUUCUCUUUUGAUACUUGUACUUCUGUUUUCCUCAAAUAAAGUGUGAGGCAGGAGCGUCACAGCCUCCCAGC